AUGUAUAAUGGAGAGCCCUCAUCAGUGGAGGAGCCCUGCACCACAUCAGUGGAGGAGCCCAGCACCUCAUCAGUGGAUGAGCACUGCACCUCAUCAGUGGAGGAGCCCUGCACCUCAUCAGUGGAGGAGCCCUGCACCUCAUCAGUGGAGGAGCCCUGCACCUCAUCAGUGGAGGAGCCCUGCACCUCAUCAGUGGAGGAGCCCUGCACCUCAUCAGUGGAGGAGCCCUGCACCUCAUUAGUGGAGGAGCCCUGCACCUCAUUAGUGGAGGAGCCCUGCACCUCAUCAGCGGAGGAGCCCUGCACCUCAUCAGUGGAGGAGCCCUGCACCUCAUCAGUGGAGGAGCCCUGCACCUCAUCAGUGGAGGAAAAUCUCUCCACAUGA